UUUAUAUACAAUAAAUAUUUUAUUUUUAUAUUCAAUGCACAAUAGGUUUAAAAAUUGAUAGAACAAAAAUUUAUCAAAUUUCAAUUAUAAUUGAAAUAUAAUGUCGACUUUAAAAACAAAGGGAUGUCUUUUUUUGGCUUCUUCUCUUUGCGAUGGUUUAGAAGAUAAUAAUAUAAAACAAGUAACUACUUUACUUUUAAAUAAAGAAGCAAACCCAAAUAUUCUAAUUCCUACAUAUGGAGUAACUCCAUUUCACUUAGUAAUAGGUAAUGAUUCUGAAGCAUUUGCAGAAGAAGUUACUAAAUUAUUUUUACGUCAUGGAGGUAAUCCAAAUAUCAGAUCAAUAGAUGGAUUAACUCCAGUUCAUGUAGCAGCAGCAUGGGGUAGAGCCACAGUUUUAGAGUUACUUUUAGCAAAUGGUGGAGAUCCUCUUUGUUUGGAUGAUGAAGGACGUAGUCCAUUUCAUUAUGCUUUUGAUGGUAAAUAUUAUAAAGCAAUUGUAAUACUUGGAAAAUAUUGUGAUAAUACUACAAAAGAAGAAAAACCAACAAAAUAUAAAAUGACUUUUGAUAAACUGUUGAUUAAUACUGAAAACAUAGUAGCUGAAUAUAUUGUUCCAGAAAUUUCAGAUGUUAUCGAAAGAAAUAUAUUAAUUGAUACAUCUGAAGAACAUAAAGAUGAAAAAUUUAUUGAUAUAAAACAUAUAAAUACUUUUAAUUUCAAUUACAAUAAUAUAAAUAAUGAUAAUCAAGUUAAUAAUGCAAUGACGAGUGCAGCAGAACUUCAAAUUCGUGAAGAAAUGGAUAAGGAAAAGUUCUUAGUCAAUGAAAUUAUUAAUCAACUUUCAAAUUCUUUAAAAUCUAAUUCUAAAGAAGAUGAAAUUAAUGAAAAAUAUGAACAAUUUAAAGAAAUUUUAUAUGAUACAAGUCCAUCAUCUACAAUAAGUACUGAUAAUAAUAUGUCAUAUAAUAUAAAAGAUAAAUUUUCAUUAAAAAUAAAAGUAAGAAAACGAUUUAUUACCCGUCGAAAAAAUUUCUAUCAAAAUAAUAAUAUUAAAAUUCCGUUAAUAUCUGUGUAUGAUCCAAGUGAUUCUAUUAUAAGUAAAUCGCCUAAUUUUUUAUCAAAUAAACCAAUAGAAAUGGAACAAAAAUACUUAUCUCCAAAAGUAUCAAAUAAAGAAUUAAAAUUUAAAACUUUUACACCUUGCAUGACGAGAAAUCGAUCAUUUCGAUCAGAAGAAUUUAAUUUAGGAAAAGAAGUAGCAAGAUCUACUCCAAGAAGAAAAAAACGAUUUUAUAGACAGUAUUCAUCACUUAGAAAACUCAGAAAAAAUAAUAAAUUUAUUUCUUCAGAUAAUACAAGUCCUGAUGCAACAAAUUCUUUGUCGCCAAAUCAAAGUUGUAUAAAAGACUUGGAUUAUAAAUUUAAUAAAAACCUGGCAAUAAAAUUACAUGAAAAUAAAUAUGAUGAGGAUAUGUCAAUAAAUUCGAAGAAAAAUGAAGUUAAUGUUAAAACAUGUAUAUCACAAAAAAAUUUAAUAGAAGAACUUAAUAAUAAUUUUAAAACUUUAAACAUAAAAAAAAUAGAUUUUAACAAAAAAAAUAAAGAACAUUUAAAGGAAUAUAUUUUACAAGAAAAAUUUUCAGAUAAAGAAGUAGAAUUAAAAGUUAAUAAUACUGUAAAUACUUUUAAAGAAAAUUUGAAUACUUUUCUUUCAAGUUUCAGAUCACAGUCAUAUGUUAGUGUACAAGAAGAAUAUAAAUAUGAAAACACAGAUGAAGGUGUAAUUUUCUUAGAACGUAGAAUUUACACGUUAUCACCAUGUAAAUCUGUAAAUUCUACUUCAUCUGAAAAAUUAUGGCCUAAGUCAUUAAAUUUAUCAAUGAAUCCAACAAAUGAAGCACUACGAAAGGAACUAAUUUAUUAUGGUGAUAAUCCUGGACCAAUAACUAAUACAACCAGACAACUCUAUUUAAAGCGUCUCACGAAAUUAAAAAGUGGAAUAUAUAAUUCAUCAUUCUUUGAAAUUAAUCAUUCUUCAUUUAAAAUAGAUUAUUAUGAAUUUCAAAUAAAACCAUUCCUAAUGUAUGGAAAUUGGGUUAAUGAUUUAGAAAGAUACAAAAUCAUUGAAAAAAAUGCUUUUAAAGAAUUUUCCUUAGCAAGUCCUUCUAGAAAAUGGAGAGAAGGAAUGAAUAAAACUUGCUUUAAUUAUUUACUUUUAGAUCCACGUAUAACAAAAGAUUUACCUUCUCGUAUAGAAAAUCUAGCAAAACCCAUAGCUUGGACUACAUUCCUUUCUGCUAUUUUUUAUGUGGGUAAAGGUACACGCAAUAGACCAUACUCCCAUCUUAAAGAUGCUUUCGAUACAUGGGUUUCAAAUAAAAAUUCUGAAAAUGCAAAAAUUCAACACAUUUUAAGUAUUUGGAAUGCUGGCUAUGGAAUUGUUUGUCUUCAUAUUUUUCAAAAUAGUAUUCCAGUAGAAGCUUAUACACGUGAAGCUGCUAUGAUUGAUGCUUUAGGAAUACAAAAAUUAAGAAAUUAUAAAAAUGGAGAUUACUAUGGAAUAGUAGCAACAUGGGAUAUAGAGGAAAAAUGUAACUUUGGAAGAUAUUUAUUAUAUCAAGCAAUGCAAAUAUUUUUAUAUGAAGGAGAAAGACAAAUAUUACCUCAAAAUUUAUAGAAUUUAAAUGUCAUUUUUUCUGAGACUAAUUCUUGUUUAGAUGUAUUAAUACAUAUUAUUAUGACUUUUAUGCGUGUAUGUGUCGCGUGCGUGUACGUAUAUGUAUGUAUAUAAAUUUAAGAAUAUUUCAUAUUUAAAUAGGUGCAAUAAAAUGAAAUUAAUUAAUUUAAAUUAAAUAAAAAGAC